AGUAAAACCAAUAAGAUGGCUAACUGCCGACAGUUCACCCUGAUGACCCUGGUUUUCCUGAUUGAGGCUGCAGACCUGGCGUUUGAUUGGAUCUUCUAUAUCCAGCUCCACCAGACAGACGACGAAUACGUCACACAAAACCUCCACCUUCCCUGGAUCAGCCUCGGCUUCUGUGUGCUCGGUACGAUCGUCCUCAUCUUCGAGAUGAUCAACCUCGGGUUUGAAGUUUAUAAAGAGCGUGGCCCCUGUCUCUACGCAGACACAGUUUCCAUGGUAACCACGUGGGUGGAAGAUGUGCCCCAGAUUUCCUUGGCUCUGGUGGUGGCUAUACAUCAACAAAGCCUGAUACACUGGGUUCAGUUUGUUAAGGCUGCCUGGGCCUUGGUGGAGCUGAUUUUCCGGGGGGUGGGGCAGUGUCUAUACUGCUGUGUAAUCUCAGAGAGACACAAUAAGUCUGUCAAUCACUGUAUAGCUGUGUUUAAGUUCCUGGCUCAGUCUGUUAUUCUAGGCUGCUCUGUAGCUAUAUAUGUACACCUACUGAAAUGAUCUAGGCCAUUCUAUAUUUAUAUAGAAUUCAGAAAAUUAAUGAUGCCUUCUUCUUGAUCAAAGCAUUUUCUGAUGUGCACCUCAGAUUGAGUUCAAUCAAGCGUUCAAGUGACACUGACUGAGAGACAAUGUGCAUAGAGCAAUGAUUGUAUGAAUCUUUAUUUAUUGUUCUGCUGAAUUUGUAUAUUAACAUGAUUAAAGAAAUAUUUUUCUAUUUAU